GGACUGGUUGGCUGACUUUAGAGCAUCCUCCCCAGAAUCUGUGACUUCAUUUGAGCAGUGCUCUUUGCCUCCUCACAUGAGAUUUGACCAGAUGCAGACUCAACAUUGUAACUUUUACUUACAGUACUCUGAAAGUAGACCAGUAUCACCUUUUUCAACACUGUCAGAUGUUGAAUAUUCCGGAUUUUGUCGAAAGGAAUUGUUUGACGACAACAGACCAGAUUCGCCAGAUUUAUUUACUUCGCCGGUUGACACUAAAAAAUCUUGCUUAAAUGCACCUGCGUGUCAUCAUCCUUUUGCUACCAAACCUCUUAGAUAUGGUGAUGUUUUGAGAGGCAUUGGACCUGAAAAAGAAGAAAAUGUUGUUCUUGUUCAAAAUCAAUCUGCCCCUAAGUUCUCUUUCUCUGAAAUUAAACCAUUAUCUGCUGAAGACUCUGUUUCAGUGGAUGAUCCUCAAAAUCUGAUCCAGCUCAAAUGUGUCUCCGCAAAACCCACAUCCUCAGACUUCACAAAUGAAUACAGGGCAAGACACAAGCAUGGCUUUUCCAACUUAAUGUCACAUUUGUAUGAUCCAGUCUAUAAGGGAAAAUGUUCUUGUUGUAAAAUAAGUUCAAUUGAAGCUACCAUUGAAAACCCGUCUUGCAUAUUAAGCUGUAUACCACAAAAACAUGACAUAUUAGCUCCCAGCUCCGUAGAAAAACAUUCUUCAGUGUUUUCUUUUAGUGUUCAUAGAGCAUCAGAUGUCAAACCAGCUAAUGAGUUUCUGUCUCCAAGUGCUGUCAUCACUGGUCCUGUUUCACCAGCAUGUCAAAGCGAUUCUGGCAUAUCACGGUCUGGAACAAUUGAAACGGGAUCCACAGGGCAUUACCAGCAUGCUAUGGAAACUGAAUUAAAUGACAGUUCUUCACUUUCAGAGUAUGGGCUAUCGUCACCUGAAAUAUUACAUCCAGAUGAUGAAAGUUAUUUUUAUUUUACCUGCUUAUUCACUGACCAGAGGCCACCUUCUCCAGACUCAUUUGAUGAGUUCACUGCUUUAACUCCUGAUUCACAAAUUCCUCAGUUUGACUGUCAACCUUGUUAUGACAUGCAUUUGUCAGAAAUCAGAUCUGUUUCACCAGACUCCAUAAUGCUGGAGAGAGAUUCUUCUGAUUUGUGUCUUAACACUAUGUUUGAUGACAUCAGAACAGAAUCUCCCAACUCCAUUGUGUUUGACAAUGAACUUAAUGAGUGCCUCAGCGAUAUGCCAUCGGAUCAGUAUACCCAGUCAUUCCUUGAUUUCUGGCUGGCUGAGUUAAGACCAUCUACGCCUGAAAUUCUUAAAUCACUAGAUAUAGAUGAAGUUUUAAACCAGCAGCCAUGUGGGCCAAGUCUCCCAGAUGAGACUGUUGAUGCAGACAGUAGGCCUGUCUAUAAGCAAGUCUCCGAUGACUUAAUGGCCCAUGUACAGGAUCCAGUCUAUAAAGAAAAACAUAUCUGUGAUAAAGUUCAUUUCUUUGAAGAUCCAGUUGAUGAACUGUGUGAGAAGACUUGUGAUCAAAAGAAAAUUGAAGACUUAACAGUUAGCAGAGGAGAGCCACAUGGCCCAGCCAAAUCUUGUCAUUCUGCAAGAACCAUACCUGACUCCAAAUCAUUACAGGAUUCCUCAGUAUCCGACUCUACAGUGCCUGUUCUUACAGUAACAGAUUCACAUCCUCAAAUGGUGAUGCCACCAGCUGGAACUGUUGAGACAAGGCUCAUAGCUUCCUCCUCAAACACAAUUGAUCAGUCUUUUUUUGUCAAACCUCCUCCCUGGGCAGCAAAGAACCUAGAUUAGAUCAUAUCAGGUCACACAGGAUUAGCCAGUUUUGCACUGAAUUGAGUCACAUCCCAUCUGUAGAACUAAAUUUUGAAUGUCAUCAUGCUGUCUGGCUGGAGGAGGCUUUCCAUAAACAAACUCAAGCAAAGAGAGAAUCAGUGCAACGAAGAUCACUUGUGAAAAAACAUAAAAGGACAGACCCUGAAUCAGAGUUAAAGAUGACACAACCCCGAGAUUCGUUUUCCAAGAACAUGAAAAGAAAAUCCAUGACUGAGGACAAGAGCAAAAGUUCCUCGGUGUCGGAAUCAACAGCAUCUUCCAGGACAAAUCUUUCAGAAUCUUCAAAACAAAAAAAUGUUCAUUUAGGACAGACUCAGGUGUUUCCAACCGAGUCACCCUCCUUGGCACAUGAUUCUAACACACGUUCCACUGAUAAACUAGAAUUACCACUUCCAUGUACCUUUGACCUCGGUCAAACACAAUCUGAAAUCACUUCGACAAAUCAAAGUAGCUCACCACAGGAAAAAGAUGAAAACAUGUCGUUCCCCGAACAAAUUGAAAAUUCUGGCUUAACUAAAUCAAGCUCAGCAACCCCAGACUGCCUUUCUCAAACAGCUCAAGAAAGUCAGGACGACCAAAUCGUCAUGUUCUCCACUCCAACAUCACCAGAGUCUGGGUCACCUCAGCUUGACCAGCUGCUGUCAGAUCUGAAGGAGAUGAAACUUAAAUUCAGACCAGAGACACUUGACCCACGUCUUUCUGAAGUCAGUGAUGAAAGCCCUGGAGUUCAUCAAAUUUAUAAAUUUGAAGACCUUUCACCUGAUGAUCAAUGUCAUACAGAAGAUAGUGAUAACCUAAGAGUCAGUGUGUCAUCUGCUGUAAAGCUUGUAGAAGAUACUAAACACACAAAUGUGACAGUCACAGAGCCUGAACACUUACAGACAUCUAUUCAAGAAGAACCUGAAGUGGUCUUAGUCACUCCUGAUCUAACAAAAACCUCUGAGGCAAGUGUCCCAUCAAGCCUUGGUAGUAGCAAAGAUAGUCCUUUAUCCCCUUUUGAGUACCUUUCAACUCCAGAGUCUCCCCAGAGAUCAUGUGAAGUGAUGGAGUCACUGGACCCAAGUUUUCCUGUGGACACAUUACAGUCCAGCACAUAUGAUGAAAAUUCUCCCGAGACAUUUUCCUCGGUGUCAUCCCCCAAAUCAGCUGCAAAGAGCCUGUCUGGCAUACCUGAGGAACAUCUGGCUAAUCUUUGUGAGGAAGAUCCUACAAAUUACAUUCUUCAAAGUCAAGAUGAACUCGAAUCAGCAACAUUAUCUAAAGGCUCAAUCUCAACACAUAGUACCAAAGAUCAACUUCCAAAUUUAUGGGAGACAAGUUUUGUUGAACCCUCUCAGAUUGAAGAUGUCUCUUCUCAAUCUCUUUCUGAUUUGACUCCAGACACAGUUACAUCUGCAAGACAUUUUUGCUUUGAGGAACUGAUUCCGUACCCAUCUGCAGGGGACUUGGAGACAUCUUCAGAUGAGGACAGGCCAAGGACCAGUGGACAGCAUUCAGAAGAAUCUCUGACUCCAAUAGAUCCUGAGUGUUUUGGCUCUCAACCCACUCCAGUUGAACCCAAAGCAGAGGGGACUUCAUCAACCUCCGAUGAGGAGUACAGCAUCCCACCUGGGUAUGCAAAUAUCUCUCCUACUACAGCUGUCAAUACCCACAUGCCUCCAGAAUACGCAGAAGUUGUGCAUAGUGGUGCAGACAGCCCAACUGUUGAAUACUCUGACCCAGAGCCUUACUUUGACUGCAUACAGGCUGCAUCAGAUUUCUCAGAGACUGAGCUUGAUGAACCUGAGACAAGUACCAGGUCAAAUAAGGAUCAGCCUCAGGCUCAUUUUAGCCAUCCUAGAGUGCUAGACAAGGGGAAUCGAAGAGUCCUGUUAUCUUCUGGAAGUGAAGAUUAUGAGGAUGCUCCUUUUGUCUAUGAGCCUCUUUAUAAUGUACCUGAAGAGAACAAAGAAUUAUUACAACAUUCAGAAACAUCGGAUGAAGAAUUCACUCUGUGUGAGGCUUCACAACCGCCUCCUGUCUGUGAAAUUGGGGCAUAUGAUGAUACUGAUAAAUCUCUGACAAGGGAGAUCAACGCAGAGCUCGGAUCAAUGUCAGAAAGUUCAGAUGAUGAAUUUUUGACCACCAGGAUAGUGCGAAGGAGAGUUGUCAUUCAGGCUGAUGAUAUGCCUGAUCUCCCCACUCAGUCGGUGACGGAAGAAAAAUACAAGGAUGAAAAUGGACACAUUGUUGUCAAGAAGGUUACGCGUAAAAUUAUCCGCAAGUGUGUUUCCGUGGAUGGUGUGGAGCGUGAAGAGGUGUCAUCAGAAGGACCUCCCCAUGAGUCCAUCAGUAAAGCUGAGGGAGAUGGAUAUUCAAAGGUAGUGAAGCGGACCAUAGUGAAGAGUGAAGGAGACCACACUGAGGUAACAUUUGCUGAAUGUGCGGGAUUCUCAGCAUCAAGUCAGGAGACACCUGAAGGUUGUAAGGUCAGUCGCGUAGAAAGGACAACGGUGGUGGAGGGUGAAAGAACAAUGACACACCAAGGGGAUCCGUCUCUGGCCUCUGACCUCCCCUCAGCCCAAGACGACUUCAAACAGGCACUAGGUUAUAUAAGUGGUGUUAGUAGAACAGAGCUCCCUCAUGUGGUAGAAAGCGAGACUGUCAAAGAAGAUGGAACUGUGGUCAGGAGGGCCCACAUGCAUAAAGGUCGCACCCGCAGACGAACCGUGGUGAAGGGAGCUGGGCAGCGCAAACAGGUCCUUCUAGAGCAAGUGGACAAUCCCAUAAAAGGGUCAAAACGACACGACCUCCAGCAGCAUCUCCACCAGCUCUUUCACCGCUACUACAAAGAAGAAAAGGAGGACAACAAUGAGGAUGAUGAAGACGAGGAAGAGUAGAAAAAUGUGUAACACUCUCCCCCGCUCCCUGGCUCUGCCCAUGCUAAAGUCCCCCCAGUCCUAUGCAUUAGCCACAUGCAAUCCCAGUGUGCACCACUGCACCUCAAAUCUACCACUGUCUUCCCAUUGAAGUCCUGGAAGAUAACCUUUUGUUCACAACUUGUUUUCUUCCCUGGCUGGUUUAACGUAUUCAUGAUUUUCUUUUCAUGUUCCCAUGUUGUUUUGCCUUUUUGUGACCAAAGAAAGCCUUUUGUUGUUUUCCUGAUUCAAUUUACUUUCCAUGUCAGAAUUGAUAUUUUUGUCUUGAUGCUGUGGUAGAGCAACAAAAGAAAAGAAAAGAGAAAAAAAACAGAGGAAUACUAUUCACAUCAACUAACUCGCACACCUCCUGAAGGUAAAGAACACUUUACCUGCAAAACACAGGUACUACUCCUUGAGUAUGUGCUCGGACUGAAAGACAGUAUCUCUCACACUGCACUGCCUCUCACAACCAGAGUUUCUCAGAUAUUCCUUACUUAAAAACUGUCUCACUCACUGUACUAGCCUCUCCGCUCUUUUGAUUCAGGUGGUCAAGAUGUCACACAGAGAAAACCCGACUGUAUCGACACUGAAUUUAACUGCUGCUGCUGCUGCUGUGUUUUGUGUAGGCUAUGUGUAAUCUUGUCUUUGGGAAUUAUAUAUUAUCUAUAAUCUAGACAUUAUGGACAUCAGUAGCCUAGGAAUUAAUAAUCACUCAUGUGAAGUAGAGCAGGCAUGACUAAUCAACAACAUCUGUCAUUAUGAUCCCAGCUUUGACUGCUUUGUAGUUCUAUGGAUUGCCCUUCUGCCUCUCUUUUCCUUCUGUGUGUGUCUCACCUUCUGUGUUGUUGUGUUUAAUUUUAUUCAGUUUUGGAGGGUCUUUUUCUCUUAAAUUGAUCUCGACUCAUAUUGUAUGAAUGGUGAAUGUGUGAGGGAGAUUGUGCAGUAGGUGCUGCAUGUACGAGUGUGUGCUAAAUAUUGCACUGUCAGCUAGUUCGGAAGGGAUAUUGUCAGUUAUUAUAAGCUUAUUUUUUGAAGAUGUCUUAGUUUAUUUUUGAUUUUGAGUUUACUUUGUUUGCCACAGGUGAUUAAGGUCAUCACAGCUAUUUUAAGAGUCACUCGUCUGAUGUGACAUUUGUGGUAAGGUUAUCAGGUGUUUCUGCUUUAUUUCAUGUUAGAUUUUAUUAGUUUAUCUCUUGAACGAGUGUUGGACCAGUUUGUGUGGUGUUUGUUUGUGAGCGGAUGAGUCUGUGAGUGUAGUAAAAGAGUGCGUGCCAGUUUCCCUCAGCGAAGAAAAGAAACAUUUAUUUUACACAAACUGCAUUUGCACUCCUGAAUGUCAGGAGGGAGCACCUCCAUACUUUACGUGCACAGGAUAUGACGUACAGUAUAUCUUAGCCACAGAUAGCUUUUAUUUUGACGGGGGGGCAGAUGAUAAAUACAAGAUAAUGACACACCAGGCACACGCGCAACGAGGCAGGUUGAGAGCUUAAACAUACCAUUAUUCACAGCUCUGAGCAUCGCUACUGUAUGUAUCUACAACAUGUAAUGUAUUUAUUUCACUAUCACUGUUUACUUUGUGAUUUAGAAAAAUGUAAAAUGCAAACUAGUGGAAGUUCACUGUGACAGGUAUGCUUUUAAUUUGAAGAAUCAGCAUCCCUUUUCUGUGAUGAUGACAGUUAUAUACAUAUACAAUGCAUAUAUAAAUAUCUAUAAGGGCAUGUAUUACUGUAUCAAAAUUCAAAAAGACAAAAACAAAAUGGCUGCAGUGUGUCUAUGGCUGAUAGAGAAUAAAAGUCUACAAAUGUA